CGUCGAUCGUGUGUCGUCUCGUCUUUUGACAUUGAGAUAGUUGACUCUUGAAAUUGAUACAUCAUGUGAAAGGUACAAAAAUGAAAUUUGACCGCAAAAAUUUUUGUGAUAGUCACAAUGAAUUAGUUUUCCGCUGCAUUGGCACGAGUCGCAUAGACCUGCGCGCAGGACGCACGGUUUGCUCAGUUGGCAACCCAAACAACAGUAAAAAAAGUUUAUUUUACUAGACGGCCAAGGCAUCCCCGAAAUUAUGAAUGAGGUUGGCGAGAUAGAGGCCUCCUCCGCCGCAUUUGCCAAUUGGGUGGAAGAAGAAGCUCAUGCAUAUGUCCAAGAAUGGGCAGUCGGUUCGGUCGACGAAAUCGAGCACGAGCUGAAUGGCCUUUCCUCCCCAGAGUCUAGAGCCGCGAGGUGGAAGACGAUUACGCAGUUGUCCGCGGUGCGGCGUCCGCUGGAGUUAGACCUCCAAAAUCACAAUACCUGCAAAGCGGCUGCGGCCGACGGGCAACUUGGCACGCGAAUAAAAUUGAGCGGUGCGCUUUGGUUCAUGAUUUUUAUCCAACAGCGAAGACACAUGUCGUCCGUCGACUUCGAACUCGAAUCGGCGCCGACCUCUUGCUGCUCCUCUUGUUUCGUUGCUGACGAGCAACCACAAUACGAAGCUUAAUGAAUUUGAAUGACUUAGUAGAGCCGAAGAUGUAUGCAACCCAAACCUCGUCCUCGAGCUCCAUGCAUGAAAAAUAUGAUUGAAGAUGAUGAACACCUCCAACACAAUCUAUCAGGUUCAGGAUCCCAGAGACCGCGUGAGGCUGACGUCUUGUGGUUCCCCAAGAAGCUCAAGAUGAAAAAGAAGAACUCGAAGCUGCAGAGCAAACAACCAAAAGUGAUACACUGUCUGGAGCGAUGGGAUAUAGGAAAAGGGCUACUGCGAAUGACAAUAAAGUCCGAAGGCGCAAUCUUUCCGAGAGGAACGUGGCUCGAUAAAAAUCGAUGGAGGAACUUGCGCGUCAAACUGGUCCAGAAUCAGGUUUCCUAUCUCAACGGUAGAACGGCGCCAGCACACGUCCGGCAGUACAUCCCAGUCGAGAUUCUGCGGAAAGUGGCGGAGUACCUUGAUCCACUCGGGGAUGUAUUGUUCAACCCGGCCUAUUAUGUCGAUUUGGCGUUCAACAAGAGGAGCGCGGACAUGGAGCAACUAAUGCAGAAAGUGUGUAGGCGUUGCAUCGCAGAAGCGAAGGAAGGUAGUUAGCUGUAGCUUUUGUUAUUUGCUACAUCUGCAACACAGUACAUUAGCGUCCAACAGUGUCCAUGUCGUAGGCCAGUGUGCUAGAUCAGUAUGUGUAGUAUGAUUUCUUGUCCUGUUCACAUCAUCAGAGGUGAUUGAAAAGGAACCUACUCCUAGUCCUACUCGAAAAAAAAAACGAGGUAAAUCCUUCCUUAAAGGGACGCUGAGCACCCGUACGAAAACAAACAGCGAAACGACGGUGAUUUCCAUCGGUCUCGGAUCAACCUAUCUUCCCCCGGAAAGGAGAAGAGAUGAAGACUCUUCCUCUUCGUCCGAUUACGACGUUCCGAACCCAGACAUUGAGAUGGAGUGUUUUCCACGGUGGGAAACGUCAACCACGGACAUCGUCUUUAACUCGGACGAAUGGAAGAAAAUUGCUCAAAAAGAGGAGGCGGAUGUGCGCGAGACAUUCGCCCGGCCGACGGCCGUCUGUCUGCAGCUCGUCUGGGCACGCAUGCAUGCAUUUGUGAAGGAAAAGGGCAUGAGUUUAUUCGUCACAAAGAAGGAAGCGGAGGCCAGGCUGUGGAACAUGCGAUGGUAGCGAAUUGUCAUCAAUGUUGAUGAGGCCGAGAAGAAACAGAAGAUGAGAAAAGAAAAUAUCCUCGAGCUACAAAAUAGAGAUCCAGAUCCUUUUCCUUGAUUCCUUGUACUUGAUAUAUCUAGAGAGCUUUAUGAAUUUAUUUUCUGUUGUUGUCGGUUCGCUCGGGUCCCACACUCACUGUAUUCUACAGCUACCCCGACCCCGAGGCCAGUGUGUCAUCAAUUUAUAUAUUUGUGAUUGUGUGUAUGAGUAUGUGUGAGGACUCUUCAGAAACAGCAGAAGAAAAGACAACGAACAAAACCAAAAUCAAAAUCUCUCUUCUACUUUCGGCAAU